AUGGAGCAGCGAGUGAGGGGCGCUGUGACCAAGCUGCAGAAGACAAAGUGGACCAUGCCUGUAGAUGUCAAGGUGGACUUCCUGAAACCGACCAUUGAGACGGUUUCGGAGUCAUUGAGGGGGGCAUGGGUGCAGCUGCCGCCACCCGUGCAGCAGGCAGCGCCCUAUGUGGGUGUGGCCAUGGGCAGCGGAAUCGUCGUGUAUGCGGUGCAGCAGCGGCGGCUUAACCAGCAGAGGGAGAGGAGUGCGGAGCUGCAGCUGCAGGUAACGGCGCUGCACAAGGAGCGGCACGAGCUGCUGCGGCGUGUGAACACCCUCAAGGCCAAUCGUGCACCCCGGACGGAGAUGGAGGCGCGGCUGGCCAAUGCUGUGGCGGAAGCCACCAAUGCAGCAGCCGCAGCUGCUGAUGCGGCAGCCAGGGCGGCGACGGCCUGUAUAAUCCAACGACCCUAG